CAGCAGGAGGCACACACAUGGGCGCAGGUCGGGGCGCCAGCAGCCGCCGUGCUGGUACUGGUGGCAUGAACAACGUUUCGCGCGGGCUCAACGCCGAGGAGACUUCGGGAACGAUAAAGUUGAACCAGAAGGAAGACGUGCACGCCGUAAACCUGGAAGAGGGUACACUCUCCUUCAAACUUUGCCUCUACGGAAGUGCAUUCACCCCGGAGGGCAUCCCGUUCUACAAGCCGGCCUUCAACGCCGCUUUUGGUGCCGGCGGGCAGGUAUGCAUUGCAAAUAUGUCUGGGUCCGGGUGGAAGUAGGAUGCAAGGGUGAAGAGUUCGUGAUGCGUGUUGAUGAAGAACAAGAAAGAACCCUUUUUCUUGUCAUGCAAAAACGCAGCUUGUGCUUGUCAUGCAGAAAACACGAACCCGCGCAAAUAUUUCUGAUGCUUUGUGCUUUGAGUUAGGUUUGGCUCCUGUACAUUACAUUUACAAAGCACUCACUCACAUUUACAAGCUUCCAGAUAUCCAGGCAUAUUUGCACUUGAUAACGGGGAGGGUCG